CACACCAAGCGCGCUAGGAAAGCUUAGCUACCACGUCUACCACCAUGUCGUUUUCUGCCGCCAAAGUACCUAUACUCAAGCAUUCGGGGACCUUCAGCCAGAGGAGAUUCUCGAGCAGCAAGGAUCCUACCGAGAGUGAGCUCACCUCGAAAAUCCACCGCCAAUUCCGCCAAUCGCACGAAGGCCAUAAGCCGCACGCCGGCCUUGACCCCACGCGCGCCUCGACCGGCGUUGUAUGGACUUCCGAGCGCGCCUACGAGCACGGCUUCCUUGAGGACCCAGAGGCAUGGGCGAACUUGGGACAGGGUGCGCCUGAGGUCGACGACGAGAUCCAGGGGUGCUUCGAAAGGCCCAAAGAGGUGGAUAUCAGCAGCCAUGGACGCGAGUAUGGGCCGACAGCGGGCAUCAAGCCACUAAGGCAAGCGGUCGCGAAGCUGUAUAACGAGCACCAUCGCAAGUGGAGGAAGAGCCAGUAUACGUGGGAGAACGUGUGUAUUGUGCCAGGGGGGCGUGCGGGCUUAAUCCGCAUCGCUGCUGUGCUGGGCAACUGCUACUUGGGCUUCUUCAUUCCCGACUAUACUGCGUACAACGAGAUGUUGUCGCUCUUCCGCAACAUCGCUGCUAUUCCUAUUCCCCUCGGCGAAGACGACAAGUACCACAUGUCGCCGGACAAGAUCGCCGAAGAAAUCGCCCGCGGUACCUCCGUCAUCCUGACCUCCAACCCGCGUAACCCCACCGGCCAGAUGGUGACUAAUCCCGAGCUCGCUCAGAUCCAGAAUAUCUGCCGCGACCGCGCUACUCUGAUCAUGGACGAGUUCUACUGCGGCUAUAACUACACCACCAACUGCGACGGCGCCGUCAUGUCCGCCGCGGACAACGUCGAGGACGUCGACGAGGACGACGUGCUCAUCCUUGACGGGCUCACCAAGCGCUUCCGGCUGCCUGGCUGGCGUGUCGCCUGGGUUCUCGGCCCCAAGGAGUUCAUCCAGGCCAUUGGCAGCUGCGGCUCGUAUCUCGACGGCGGGUGCAACGUGCCCUUCCAAGAAGCCGCCGUGCAGAUGCUCGAGCCGCCGCGCGUGCGCAACGAGAUGCGCGCUCUGCAGAUGCACUUCCGCACCAAGCGCGACUUCGUCAUCGGCCGCCUGCAGGAGAUGGGCUUCACAUUCCCCUUCAUGCCCAACUCCACCUUCUACCUAUGGCUGGAUCUGUCUGGGCUGCCCGAGAGCAUCAACGACGGCCUGAACUUCUUCGCCGCCUGUCUGGAGGAGAAGGUCAUUGUCGUGCCGGGCAUCUUCUUCGAUUUAAAUCCCUCGAAGCGUAGGGACCUUUUCGAUUCGCCUUGCCAUCACUUCGUGCGGCUUAGUUAUGGGCCGAAAAUGGAUGUCCUGGCGAAGGGUAUGGAUGCUAUUGAGCGCAUCGUUAAGAAGCACCGAGACAAUCCGCGCCCUAUCCACCAGAUGCGGCCCAGAGGUGGUGCGUAGGGGGGAUAAUGGGAAGUGGAGAAGAAAAAAUGUAUUCGGGAAAAUGGUUUUAAGGUUGGAUAUGUAUAUCUAAAGCGUUUUAAGGUCGUCUUGGGAAUGGGACGGGAUGCCUAGGGUAGGCCUGAGGACUUGGUUAUAGGUUAUAGAGGUACUGGA